UGGGUUUAAUGGCGGGACGUGGAGGUUUCAGCAGAUACUCGCUCGUUCUUUUUUUUCCAGCCCAAGUCGACCGACUUCUUACUACUUUUGCCUUUAACAGCACUCGUUUGAAUAUCUCUGUUCUGGAUCAGGUUUCUGAGUAAUCAAAAAGCGCCAGUUUCCUCUGUAAAGUUUACCAACUUGAGCUAGAAGCAGUCAUCCUGCUUUGACAGCGGAACCUUGGAGGAAUCAGGUCAUAUUUAGUUUUAUGGAAAAAUCACUGGUAAACGAUAACCCGCUGCUUUUACCCUUCAACAGACAGCAAACAGUUUACGAUGGCUUUAUCACUGUUCAGGAAAGAGACUUCAGGAUGAGAAUCGUUCUCCCACCAGAUCGACAGCUCAAACAGGCCAAGCUGCACUGCUGCUGGCAGUUGAAACACCUGUUGCGUGGAUAUGAGCACAUAGUGAAGCAGAGGCUGCAGCAGUCGGCUGAUCUUGUCGGUUUCAUUCUGGAGCUGAAGACUGUCUUGGAAGUGGUUCUGAAGAGCCGCCCUGAGUGCCGCUCCAUCCCGCCUCCACAGUAUUACUCUCAGCUCAUCUCUGAGAUGGAGACCCUUGGGUGGGACAAGCUGCUCUUCAUAGACACUGAGUUCCAAAUGUUGAGACUGAAAGCGGAGGACUCUGCUGGAAGGCAGCACAUUCUCACUGUUAAACUUAAGUCUAAGCACCCUACAGAGGCUCCUGACUGCUCAGCUGACCUGCCAGUACCACUAGCUAUAAGCUGGACACCACAGAGCACUCUGGAGCAGCUCCAUAGCCAGUUCCUGCAGGUUUUGGAGUCCCUGACAGAGUUCUGGGACAUUCUGGAUGAGAUUGACAGCAAGACCUGGAUUCUGGAGCCAGAAAAACCCAGCCGUUCCGACACCAUGAGGCGGAUCGCCAUUGGAAACAACGUAUCCAUCAAAGUUGAGGUGGAUCCCAGACACCCACGGAUGCUGCCAGAAUGCUGGCUGCUGGGAGCAGAACAUGGUUUCUUGUGUUUUGUUUCAGUGGUGACUCCGCUGAGGAAUAAGCUGAAUGCCAACAUGCACUUGUGGAACCCGGACUCCAGCGUCUUGCACAACCUCCGGGAUGUUUUGGAGAUCGAAUUCCCGUCACCUGCCACCCACGAAAAAUCUAGUUUUAACGUCGAAUGUGGCAUCUGCUAUUCAUAUCGGCUUGAAGCUGCCAUCCCUGAUCAGGUGUGUAAUGACCCUCGCUGUGGGCAGCCCUUCCACCAGACUUGUCUGUAUGAGUGGCUGCGAGCGCUGCACUCCAGCAGGCAGAGCUUCAACAUUGUUUUUGGAGAGUGUCCUUACUGCAGCAAGCCCAUCACUGUCAAAAUGGCAGCCCAGAAGUCCUAAUGAGAGGCUUUGUGUUCCCGGCUGCUCCGUCUCCACUUUGGGAAGCAGCUCUGAAAGGAGCUGUUAAAACGUGAAGAUCCAUUACGUCCUCAAAGGGGUUUCAGUG